GCGGGGCCUGUCACGCCGGUGCGUUGAGUUGCGACAUACGCCAUUUUGCAGUGACAGCGGUGCGCUAAAGCAGUGGAGACAGAAACCUCGAGAAGUUCCCGUUUAGAGUGAGCACCAUGGGGAACGUCUUUUCGAACCUGUUCAAGGGUUUAUUCGGGAAGAAGGAGAUGAGAAUUCUCAUGGUCGGUCUUGAUGCCGCUGGAAAAACUACCAUCCUGUACAAACUGAAACUGGGAGAAAUAGUGACCACCAUUCCUACUAUUGGUUUUAAUGUAGAAACUGUAGAAUAUAAGAAUAUCAGUUUCACGGUGUGGGACGUUGGUGGCCAAGACAAAAUCAGACCACUAUGGAGACAUUACUUCCAAAACACUCAAGGUUUGAUCUUUGUAGUGGAUAGUAACGACAGGGAACGUGUUAAUGAAGCCAGAGAAGAAUUGACGAGAAUGUUGGCAGAAGACGAGUUGCGUGAUGCUGUUCUUUUGGUCUUUGCAAACAAACAGGACUUGCCCAAUGCCAUGAAUGCAGCGGAGAUCACAGAUAAACUCGGGCUUCAUGCCCUCCGUCAUCGUAACUGGUACAUCCAGGCCACCUGCGCGACCAGCGGCGACGGGCUCUACGAGGGGCUUGACUGGCUCUCCAAUCAGUUGAAAAAUCAGAAAUGAACCCGUCUGCCGUCUUCAAAUGUGUGUGUGUGCGCGUUGUAUGGAUGAGUAGAUGUGUGUGUUUGAGAGCGUGAGACACACACAGCUACAGUGCUGACCCAGACUUUGACUGAUCUCAGUAUCCCUGCGUCCUUCCCUACACUCAUUGAGGAUUUGGCAUGGCUGACUCAGACUGUGUUUGUGUGUGUUAGGUGUGCAUAGUAAAGCGUUUAUCUUUGAUAUGCACGUUAGCAGAAUGUAUUGUGUUUAUGUGUGUAUGAAGGCUUCUCUGUCUGUUUGUGGUUUGGGAAUGACCCUGGCGUGCCUUUUAUACACACACCUCUCCUCUCGUCGUUCCACCUCACAAACUGUUCCAUGACUCUGUUUUCUCGCAGCAUACUGCACCAUGCGUGGUUUUCACAUGGCAAAGAAAGAACCAAGGUUAUCAGAAAUGAACUGCUCUCUGCAAUAAAACCCCAUCCUCCUCAGUAUUACGGGCAUGCUGAGUAUAUAACCCAUCACAUAGUGUUAAAAAUACACAUAAAACCUGCCCUGGGUACCUUUAGGAAACAAUGCAUUGUAACCUGUAUCAGGUCAGGAUCUAUUUGUCCAGACAACCCCCCCACCAGCACCACCAAUCUUGAUUGUUCUUUUGAGUCAUUUGAAAACUGUGCCAUUUUAUUUUCUGCUUUCAGAUUUGUUUUAAUUUGUGAAUGUGUUCAGAUGUUGGUAGUGGAGCUGUGUGCUGAUCUCUGGUUUCCCGCUGUACACUACCAGCCGCCUCACAGAACCCAAGCACAAUCACAGACUGCUGAACAUUCCCCCACCAAAUUGUUGGAUUUGAUUUGAAUUAAAAACAUCAAAUAUUA